UAUAAGUUUGUGAGCGAGUUGAACUUCCGUGCGGGUGAGAAUCCUGUCUGUGAGUCUGCGUGUUUUACAGAUUUACAGAUUUACAGGUAUGAUCUGAACCCGAGGAUCCCCUGGUUCACUACAGCAGAUCAGACCGGAUCCGACACCGCGAGUCUCCCAGGCUGAUCUCGCUCCGCUCCGGCAUGGCAGACACCGCGGUGUCCGUGGCCGCUGUGGCCGGGAUCGUGCUGUGCUGCGAGGCGGCGCGGCGGGGCUGUGAGUGGGGGAUACGCUGCGCGGAUUAUCGCCGGUUCUGCUCCGAGCUGAUCUCCACGCUGCAGCUCUGCGCCUGCACUCACGAGCUGAAGCUGCUGGGGGAGAGCGGCCGCGCGGACCCGCAGAUCGGCCUGACCCUCACCUACCUGGUCACCGUGCUCCACGUCCUCACUUUCCGCGGCGCGCUCUGUAACCCCUCCGCGGCUCUGGAGCAGCUGUACCGGGGGUCCCUGCGGACCCUGGCCUGCGUGGCGCUGAUCGCGUGCCAGCUGGGCUCCGCGUGGCUCUCGCGCUAUGCUGCGCUCUACCUGUGGUCCGCGGGACUGUCGGAGAUGCACCUGGAGCACAGAGCUGCGGGGUACCGCUGCUUCAGCCCCAUACACGCCUCCCUGCCCGCGGCUGCAGCGGCGGAGAUGGCCUGCGCCUUUAUCCUGCAGGCAGUGAUUAUUAAUAUCGGCUUAUUUACAGAAAGCCUCAGGGUGCACGUUAUUGCUGCUACAAUCACGAGCCUGGUUUAUGCAGUGGGAAGUAUUACAGGGGCAGUAAUGAAUCCGGCUCUGGCAUUUUCCAUACAGUUUCCUUGCUCUGGGCACAAUUUCCUGGAGUAUGCAUUCGUCUUCUGGUUGGGGCCCAUGUUAGGUACAGCCAGUGCAGUAGCUGUGUUUGAGAAGAUAAUUCCCUUUCUACUGAAGAAAGAUUCACACUGGAAGAAAAUCCAGUAAAUGAAGGGGACCAAGACAAAGAACUGUGAACAUCUACCUCAAUAAUUCUGUCUUAAUCCUAAUGUUUUAUAUAAUCUUUUAUAACGUUAUAAAUAAUCUCUUAAUAUUCUUUAUAUUGUAAUCUUUCUAGUAUUCUCAGGAUUCUCAGGAGUUUUAAUUACAACUUUUAAAAUAGGAACUUAUAUUUUAUGGAUAAACAGGUAUGUAAGUGUGUAUGUAUGAUAAGCAGUUUGUAUGAUAAGCAGGUACGUAAGUGUGUAUACAGUAUGAGUGAGAUACUGUAUAUAUAUUUUUAGAUGGAAGAAAUUUGAAGGAAAUUUUAAAGCUACCUUUUAAAAAUCUGGAAUAAAACUGGAUUGGGGAGGAUCCUCCCCUCACCAAAAAAUCCAUAGUGGACCUAAAGUAGAACCUCUGGUUAAGAUUAAUUCUGUAUCUCUGAUGUUUUUGUUCCAAGUGUAUUAAUAUAUAUAUCUUCAAAUAUGUUCAAAGAUAAGCCUGAAAUGAGAGAAAGUGAGUUAUCCUGUCGGUGUGCUGACAGUGACAUACAGUAUUAAUAACAAGAGCAACAACAAUUACUACUACUACUAUUAUACUGGAAGCUAAAGUGUGGUCUUACAACACCAUGUUACAACAAGAAGCAUAAAGCAGUAUGUAAAAUAUUAGAAAUGAUAAAAGUGCAUCUCCAGCUCAGUUUGUACUUUCAUCUCUGAACAAUUUUGAUUUUAAUCAAAAUAAAAUCUGGAAUAAAGAUCUAUAUAGCAUCUCAUAA